GCUUCCGUGCACGUCAUUCACGAUCGGCCGCAGCAAGAACACGGCCGUUCUUCGCGCGCGUUUUGUCAAUUUUUUUUUAUCUGUGUAACUUUUUAAAUUGUGCCUGUGAACAUAACUUGCGCUUAAUAGUCGGAGCGAGUGAUCGGUAAAAUGAAGCCGUUAUACUUGGUUUUAGUGGUGGCCGUGGGGCUGACGAGCGCUCGAUGGGUGCGCCGCCAGCGGUCUAACCAGCUCGGACUCACAAGUUUUGUUGGAGAAGCUACAAAUGAACUUUCUACGACUAUUUUACAAAGUUAUAUCGACGAUGAUAAGAACAUUGCCUUCUCCCCUCUUGGAUAUUCAACGAUUCUUGCAAUAUUAGCAGAAGGUGCGCGCGGAGAUACGAGAAAUCAACUAGUUUCAGCUCUGCACUUACCUGAGGAUCAGAAUCUUACAAGAAAAACUUAUCGUUACAUAAUGGAUCGUCUUAAAUAUAGAAAUGAAUACAAAUAUAAUCAACCAGAGUUGAAAAACUUCUUCUACGUUUAUAAAAAUUAUACAAUAAAUGAAGAUUACAAGAAAAUUCUAGAAGAUUAUUACUUAACAGAGGUACGAUCUGUUGAGAGGUACAAUUCACUCGAACCUAAAGAUGAUGAAGUGGAAAAAAAUGUCAACAAUGACGAAAUUCCUGAUCUGACUCCACCGAAAGAGUCAGAUGAGAAAUUAAUAACAUACGCUGUUGAAGAUAUCCCAGAAAAGGUAGAUAUUACUCACGUCGAAUACAAACCUGCUAAGAACAUAAAAGAACAGAUAAAGCUAGUAAAGACUUCUGAAGAUUCAAAGGAAUUUGGCGACGAAGAGGAAACCAUGGUCGCAGUUGAAGCAAGAAAUCAUGCGCGUAGUCUAAGAGUGCUGAACGAAAAAAAUGAUAUAGCUUCAAGCAUUUCUGUCAACAGUGUUGGAAAGAAAUCUAGCAAAACAAGCAAUUCGUUGAUGCUGAUCUUUAACGGUAUGUAUUUCCGUGGAUCCUGGAAGAAACCUUUUAACAAAGUGGAACCAGGAGUAUUUUACAAAUCCAACACUGAGAAGAAGCAAGUUCCAAUGAUGAAAGCCCGUAGUACUUUUAAGACCAGCUCGUUACCAGAUUUGGACAGUGAAGCCAUUUUUCUACCAUAUGAUGGGGGACGUUAUGCUCUCAUGCUUCUCGUUCCACGGGCGCGCGAUGGUCUUACAAGAUUGAUCGCAGACUUGCCAGUAACGUCCUUAUCGGAUAUUCAAGAAAAUCUUAAAGAAGAGGAAUUACAAGUUUCAUUGCCCACUUUCUAUGUAGAGACAACUACAAAGCCGCUUACAGCUUUGGCUAAGUUCGGUGUAAGUAGAAUAUUUGGUCGGGAAGCUGAAUUGACAGGAAUAUCUUCUAAGGAAGGUUUGUUUGUACAAGAGCUCGUACAGAACGUGGCAGUGCGUGUUGAUAACACUGAUUCGUCAGCCUCAAUGAUUGGAGCAAGCAGCGCUGUCGAAGAGGAUGAAUUGGCUUCAUUAAAAAAUCUUCCUUUGACUGAAGUCAAGGAACCGAGAAAGUUUUGCGUCGAGCACCCAUUCGUGUUCUACAUCGUCGAUCGUUUGGACAACCUAGUAGUUGUCGCUGGCAAAGUCACUGACCCACAAUCGCAAUCUGACUUCUCACUAUAAAUGACUGCCGGAAUGAUAAAAUUGUUGGAAUAGUGGAAAAUCUUUUUAAUCUGUAUAUCUUAAAAGCUAAAAUACAUUAUUUUUCUAUUACUUAUUAUUAUAUUACAAGUUACGUCCCACUCCAUUACGUUAAUAUUUUCGUCUAUUUACUGUAGGGUUAACUUUUAAGAAAUAGAUAUUUCCAACGGAACCAGAUGCAUUUGAUAAUGAUAAAGUACACAGCUUAGAUUAACUUAGCAUUAAGUUUAUUUAUUUUUUAGGUUUUGUGAUAUUUUUAAGAAUAAAUUAUUUAUUUUUACAAAAA